CAGGGUGCGCAGGUUUCCAGCCUAUAGUCACAUGACACGAACUGAAGAUGUCUGCGACGGAAGAGGACACGGAACUCAGAGAUCUACUGAUCCAAAACUUGGAAAACAGCGGUGUUUUGAAUAAAAUUAAGGCGGAGCUACGUGCAGCUGUUUUUCUUGCCCUAGAAGAGCAGGACAAAGUUGAGAAUAAAACACCUCUUGUGAAUGAAAACCUCAAAAAGUCCCUCAACACAAAGGAUGGUCGCUUGGUCGCAGGUCUUGUAACUGACUUCCUGCAAGUCUUUAAUUUAGACUUCACCCUAGCUGUGUUUCAACCUGAAAUUAGUACGCUCAAUGGGCUUGACAGUCGUGAAACUCUGUCUAAAGAGCUUGGUAUAUCAGGAACAGAGGUGAAUAAAAACACCCCUCUCCUGCUAGAGUUGGUGAAGAGGGGCCGGCAUAAGGACAAGACCUCCGUUUUCACAGAGGGAGAUCGGUUGAUUGAGAGAACUUUUCCCAAGGAAUUGUUGCCCCGUCAAAUUGCUGAUGCCCGCAAAAAAUUUGACAGUCAUGACAAGAACAGAAGUGGUGAGAUCAACAGAGAAGCCGUUAUUGGCAUUUUCGCUGAUCUUUUUCCCCAGUUCAGCAGAAACAUGCUGGACAGUUACGUCACUGAGGAAUUUAGAGCCAAAGGCAAGGACACAUGGAAUACUGUAGACUUUCAGGACUUCCUGGGAAUGUACAAAUGCUUUUUCACUCAGUGUCGAAGUGUGGUUACCAGUGACAGUAGCGAUGCACUUUACGCCUCAAGUAAAACUACUGAAGAUAAAAUCAUUUCGUCUUCCGCCAGCAAGGCCGGAGACAGAAGACCUGGUGAACCACUGGGGUCUCAGAAGAACAGAGGGUCUGUUCAAGUGUCUGAAGGGACAGAGGAGGGAUUGAGUGAUGGGAAAAACCUUCCCACCCCACUGAGGAGACCACUGGAGUUUGGCCUGGAGGAUGAGGAUGAAGGAGACUCGUUCUUUGAUGAUCCUCUUCCUAAACCUCAGAAGACCUAUGGCUGUGGUUUGUCUUCAGCAGAGAAGCCUUAUUCAGGGCAGAGGCAUUCUGAAAAAAGCUAUAGUCAGAAAGAAAGUCAGCACUGGCAGAGGGAAGGGAGCCUUUCAGGGCGAUCCUUAUCCCAAAUGAGGAGGGGCACUAGCCUCAAUGAUCUGUCUGCUAUAGGCAGUGAUAAAGAGGGAGAUGGAGAGGACAUGCUCUCUGACUGUGGUAACAGGCCCAGCCCUGACUCUGAACCCAGGAGAGAAGGUUUGGGCAGCAGUUUAGGAAAAGCAUUCACGGCAGACACGCAGCUGAAGAGUGCGGGAGGAUCUUCUGAGAGCAGCCAGAAAGAUCAUUCAUCUGAUAAAAACGGUUCGUCUAGUUCUAAAGAUAAGGGUGUAAAAGAGUUUCCCGUCCAAAGUGAGAAAACUGCAUCCCAUUUGCUGGAAUGCUUUGCAGAUGAUGAUCUUUACUAUGACGAUGACUUCAACAGUCAUCGCUCUGAAAACUCUAAGAGUGAAGUGAGCAUCGAUGAGGAGAUUGAGGAGGUGCCGAUAGAGGGGCCUGACAUCAGCGAUAAGCUUGAUGAAACCACUCAGGAUGUGAGCGUCUCGCAGAUAAGUUUGGGUGCCGACUACAUGGAAGAUGUUGCUUGACAUCUAACUCAGUUCCUUAUUUUAUACUUUAUGUAUUUAUGGAUUUAGUUGACAAUAAAUAAUUAAUUACAAUCUGACUGUUGACUCUUCCUGUUUUUCUUU